AAGGCGGGCGCAAGUCCAGUCCCUCUCGCGCGGAGAGCGCGGGUGGGCUUGAGGCUGGAAGCGCGCAUGGUGACGUGGUCGCGCUCCCGGACGCUGGCGAUGGAGAGCGUGGUGGCGUUGCCUCGGCUGCCGCCGCACGACCCCGACACGCCGGCGCUGUCGGUGGUGGACAUGCACACGGGCGGCGAGCCCCUGCGCAUCGUGCUGGCGGGGUGUCCGGAAGUGGGCGGCCCCACGCUGCUGGCCAAGCGGCGCUACAUGCGCCAGCACCUCGACCACCUGCGACGACGGCUCAUGUUUGAGCCACGCGGGCACCGGGACAUGUACGGGGCCGUGUUGGUGCCUAGCGAGUUGCCGGACGCGCACCUGGGUGUCCUGUUCCUGCAUAACGAGGGCUACAGCUCCAUGUGCGGCCACGCAGUGCUGGCGCUGGGCCGCUUCGCCGUCGACUUCGGGCUCGUACCCGCGCCCCCGGCCGGUGCCCGCGAGGCCCGGGUCAACAUCCACUGCCCGUGCGGGCUGGUGGCCGCCUUCGUGGAAUGCGAGGGCGGUCGCAGCCGCGGCCCUGUGCGCUUCCACAGCGUCCCGGCCUUCGCGCUGGCCACAGAUCUCUUGGUGGACGUUCCUGGUCGUGGAAAGUUGGUGGUAGACAUUGCAUAUGGUGGGGCGUUUUACGCAUGCGUUAGUGCUGAGAAGUUAGGACUUGAUGUUCGUUCUGCAAAGACAAGGGACCUUGUGGACACAGCGAGUGCAGUGACAGAAGCAGUCAAAGCUCAGUUUAAAAUUAAUCACCCUGAGAGUGAAGACCUUUCCUUUCUGUAUGGAACUAUAUUAACAGAUGGAAAAGACACUUACAGUGAGGAACCAACCACCAACAUCUGUGUGUUUGCAGAUGAACAGGUUGACAGAAGCCCCACUGGAUCAGGAGUGACAGCUCGAAUUGCCUUACAGUAUCACAAAGGGCUUCUAGAACUGAACCAGACCAGAGCCUUUAAAAGCAGCGCAACGGGCUCAGUAUUCACAGGGAAGGCAGUGAGGGAAGCAAAAUGUGGGGAUUUACAAGCGGUUAUAGUGGAAGUAUCCGGACAAGCCCAUUAUACAGGUACAGCAAGUUUUACAGUGGAAAAUGAUGACCCGCUGAGGGAUGGAUUCCUUCUCAAGUGACUUCUGUGACUUUUCAGCGCUCUCUCUGAAUUACUUGGAAAAUGAUAUUCAGACUGUACAUGUCAGCCAAGUUCCAAUCUUUCUAAAAUAGGAUGCUGUGACUAAACAUAAUCGUUAUACCUCAUCUAUGCACAUGUAUUGGUAUAAAUGUCACCUGUGUCAGCUUAUAAAAGGCUGAAAAUUCAGAAUGUUUUUCUAGUGAUUAACCUAUUGGGCAAAAUUAAUACCUUAGCCCUUGUUAGUUUUAACAUGCUACGCUCUGCUAAUUCCUAUAAUAUUUUGUUUUAGAUGCUCUUUGAAUAAUAAUAGCUUGAAUUGUACCCCUCACAACAAUGCCUCUUACAAGUCCAUUAUUUUAGUCUUCCAGUUUUUCAGUAAAUAAUGUCCUCUUUCUGAGGAAGAUGUAAGGAAGAUGGAUUAUUAUAAGGUACUCAACACUUAGCAUACAUAGCCCAGGAAGGAUGGGGAUGGGUCAGCUUCUUUGGGCAGAUACUAUGGCUGCUUCCAGAAUGUUCUCUCUGCUGCAAAGCCCUGCUCCCACACCGAGGUAGCUGAGGUGCUGUAAGCUGGUGUGAGAAGACCAAUAAUCAGACUUCUGCUGUAUCUUUAAGGCUCUUAUAAGAGGGAUUGUUUACUGCAUUAUAAACACAAUGGAAAUCAACGCAUUACUACAGUAGGAUAAAUCUCUUACUCCACGAAAUCAAUGCCAGGUAGACUUAAAACCUGAAAGAAAUGUUAACUAUUAAUUCUUGCUAGUUAAUUGUGAGCCUGUUAAAAGUAAGAUUUGAUCAUGUUCAGUCACUAUAAAAUAAAGUAUGAAAAACGUA